UAGAGUUAAUCCAUAGAUUAAUUCGAAGAUUAUUCUAAUCCUUUAAAAUAAGUCAGGGGUUAAAAACCCAAGUCACAAUAUCAAGGGGGUUAAAAACUUUUGCUGAGGAAGAAUUUGUAAACAUUGAAAAAGCAUUUUUUUGUAAAAUCAUUUCCUAAUUCAAACAAAAUGCUGAAAUUAUGUAAUCUUCGUGUUUUACCGAACUAUGUAAAUACAAAAUUUAUUCACACAAGUGGAUCAAACUUUAUUGAUCAUAAGUGGAGGGAAGCCAAUCGCCUUUGCCGGAAUCCAAACACAGAAGGACCGCUUACUGACUUACCUGAUUUCACCUACAUGGAUGGCAGACCAACUCCUUUUGGUCGAGCUCAAAAAUUUCGGCUGAUUAAUCAACAAAGACUUGCAGAAAAAAUUUACACUGGCACUAAAGAAAUUGAGUUUGCAAUCAACCGACAUAAGAAAUUAAAAGAAGAUGAAAUUAAAAAUAAGCAAGACAUAUUGGAUAGUAAAUUUAAACGCAAGGGUCAUCAUUUGCUGCAAAAGAAUGAAUAAUUUUUAAAAUAUUUUCACGUUCUUAGUCAGGAACAACAAAUAAAAUGCUUAGAUAACAAUGUCGUAAAAAUCUUCUCUUUUCUAUUUUCUUUGUCAAACAUUUAUCUUAAUGCCAAUUGAAUUUCAUCUGUGGUUUUCCCUUUUGUUUCGGGAAUCACAAAAAUUGUAAAUAACAAUCCUAACACACAAAAUAUUGCAAAAAACAAAAAUGAUGGACCCGUUCCCAUUGCUUCUGUCAUCAUUGAAAAAGUCAAUCCAAUGACAAAAGUCAGAGAGAAAUUCCAAACCUGGCCAAAUGGUGCAACAAAAGCUUUGGCCUCUUGCAAGAAAAGUUCACCUAGCA